AUGUCAUAUUUAUGGGCUAGACCUUUAAGCACCGCUUCUAAACAUUACAAACUCAUUCGAACGUAUAUUUCAUGUUUAGAAGAUGUGGAUAAGUUAUUAAUAGAUGAUCAAGUUGUAGUUCUUCCGGAUUUACCACAACCUUUAUUCGACUAUGCCAGUUAUUUGACGGAAUUUAGGUAUCAUCGAUUAAAGUGGGCAGCGGAACUGUGGAUUAAAAUCAAGGAUGAAUUAGCAUCAUCUUCACAUAAUCCAAAGGCGUUUGAAAUUACGAAGGCAUUAUCUAACCUUUUAAUGAGAAAAUGUUCGAAAUUAGAUACCUUUUCUAUUUAUUGUGAGGACAUGCCAGAUUAUACAAUUUUUUCAAAAUCCCCUUAUUUAUCAAGGAUCAAUAAAUUUUCAUGUUUUUUCUCGGAUGAAUAUACUUAUCGGUACAGAGAAUGUAGUAGAAACACAUUGGAUCUUUUACAAUUUCUUCCAACCGUUUGUCAUGAUAUUCGAGAUUUGGAUUUCAGACAAUGUGAUUCAACGCAAGUAAACCUAGCGAUGAAGGAUAUUAUCAUCGCUAUACCAAAUCUUCAAAAUUUCAAAUAUUAUGGAUCAAAGGAUCUGAUUUAUAGGGAAGAAAUUAUUUUACUCGCUUUGAAAUCGCAGACGAAUAACCUUUCUUCCCUCUUCCUUUGUAGAGUCUUGAUCAAUGAUGCCAUCUAUGAGAUCUUAUCAGGAUGUGUUAAUUUAGAAACUCUCGUAAUUUCGGAUUGCAAAUGUUCACUCUCUAUAAUCUCUUCAACAAAAACAAAAUUUAAUCUGAAGAAAUUGCAUUUAGAACUUUUAUAUCAUACGAAAUUACUGAUCCAGAAAUUUGGAAAUGAUAAUCUACGAUCCCUUUACCUAAACACAUUAUUUAAAAAUAUAUGUCAAACCAUUUUAAAAAGUUGUUCAAAUAUUGUUGAAUUUCACUGCAACGAAUUAAAAUCUCAAGAGUCGGGUAAUUUAUUUAAUUUAUUAGAUAAUUUAAAUUUUUUAGAGAAAUUAACUUUAACGGACAUGGUUUUGGGAGUUGAUAGUGGAACCGAUGAUUUUUAUGAUUCAUUGGGAACUCAUUUACCUCCUACGUUAAAAUAUCUUAAUAUUGGUCAAUUAUAUAAGCCGAACAAAGUUUUUGGUAUAGAUCAAUUUCAUCAUCUACUAAAAAAUUGUAAAGCAUCACUAGAAACGAUAAUAAUUAAUCAACCGAUAGAAUAUAACGAUUCGGAUCUCGAACACAUUAUUAAUUAUACAAAGCAGACGAAUUCGUUAAGAUUUUUGGGAUUGAAUUGUUUGAGAAAUAAUCAUCAGCAAAGGUUCAAAGAAUUAAGAGAAAAUUUUGACGUUUUUAUCAUUCCAAAAUAUGAUUUGAAAAAUUGGUGA